UUGCUGUGGAGAAAAUUUUGUGCUGCCUAGGGCUAGCUAGGCGCUGCGAUCGGCAGGAGUGAUGCGCUUGGGCGCUCGGUGUCGUCAUGUUUGAGGCUCAUGUCUUGUAUCUUCUUCGCAGAUACCUGGGCCAGUAUGUGCGGGGUCUCUCAGCGGAGGCGCUCCAGAUCAGUGUGUGGAAAGGCGAUGUAGUGCUCAAGGACUUGCAGCUCAAGGCUGAAGCACUGAAUGCUCUGAGGCUUCCUCUCACUGUCAAAGCUGGAUUCCUUGGGUCUGUCACGUUGAAGAUUCCUUGGAACAAGCUUGGAAAAGAUCCGGUGAUUGUACUUCUCGACCGGGUUUUUGUUUUGGCGGAACCUGUUGAAGAUGAACAGCUUUUCAAGAACGAGAACAUGGAAUCCUGGCUUGACGCUAAGCGGAGCCAGAUUGAGGAGCUGGAGAUGGCAUUGCUUGAUGCGAAGGCAGGAAGAUCCGGUGAUGAUGCGUCGCCGGAAAGUAAGUCCUGGUUAGGCUCGCUCGUUGCGACGAUCAUUGGCAAUCUUAAAGUCUCCGUGACUAAUCUUCAUAUUCGUUACGAAGACACCCUCAGCAACCCCUCCCAUCCAUUUUGUUUUGGCGUUACUUUAGCCAAAACUUGCCGCUGUGACCAUUGACGAGAAUGAUGUAGAAACCUUCGUAACUAGCGGAGCUCUUGACAAGCUUCACGAGUCGCUCCAGCUGGAUAGUUUUUCUAUCUACCAUGACUCGGAUACUGGGCCGUGGACUCUGGAGAAACGGUGGGAUGAGAUG